CAUUCAACGCGCCAGGGCGCUCUUCAUUUCUCCAGAUUGUUUCUGGUGAGUGCGCUCUGUCCUCUCUAUGGUUUAUGGAAGCCGGAAGAAUUUUACCAACCUCCUGGAGAGAGCGGAAGCUCCGAUAUAUUACCGGCGACCCUGAGCGGUAGUUCUCUGAGCGGCAAGGCAGUUGUUCCCCAAAGAAAGCUGGGUCAGUGGAGGACUGGCAGGGCCAGCUAUUUGUAUAUUCCUGCCAUGGCAGGCUGGUCCCGUGAUGCUGUACUGACUCUGUAUCGUGCCCUGCUGCGAGAAGGGCGCAAACUUCAGUUUACUGAUCGUGACUACUACGCCUCAUAUGUGCGUCGAGAAUUUAGGAACAAUCAGAGCCUCACAAAGCUGGAGGACAAAGAGAAACAGCUGGAGAAAGGGCAAUUUUUACUCAGGACCAAUCUGGGAGGACUAGUGUAA